UAAUUAAGCUCUAGUUAAUUACUAGUACUCCAGUACUUAACCAACAGGACAGUCUCCUCCAGUAGUUGGUUGACCUCAAGAACCAAGGAGAAAUUAACAAGACCAUACAGAGCUUCUCGUUUCUAUUUCUACCUAUCCUUCUCGGUUGUUUUUCGCACUUUCCACAGUUUCACUGCGGUGCACUAAGCCACACAAAGGCCUGCGCUUACAGCUACGCGCUGGUCCUGACAGGAUUUGAAUGCCUGUGCAGUGUGCACUGCGUCCCCGAAUCCUUCUGCACCUUCCCUUGUGUCGCACUCGCGCCAUUUAAACACUACGAGCUCGCUCGCUACCUAGCAACGACGACGACGCCAGCUGCUGCUCAAUCAGUUCAGUGAUAUAGAGGCAGCGCUUUGCCAAGCAUGGCAGUGGUGGUGGCGAGCAGCAGGGCGAGAGCGGAGCAGGCGAGGCUGCAGUGGCAGGAGCAGGAGUCGAGGAGCCCUGAGAUGGCGGCGCCGCCGAGGCCGCCGCGGCCGCGGCCGGCGAGGGCGGCCGUCGUGUACUACCUGUCGAGGAACGGGCACCUCGAGCACCCGCACUUCAUGGAGGUCUUGCUCUCCUGCCCCGACGGCCUCUACCUCCGAGAUGUGAUCGACCGACUCGACGCGCUGAGGGGCAAGGGGAUGGCGCGCAUGUACUCGUGGGCGUCCAAGAGGAGCUACCGGAAUGGGUUCGUGUGGCACGACCUGGCGGACGAUGAUCUCAUCCACCCGGUGGUCGGACGGGAGUACGUGCUCAAGGGCACCGAACGCCUGCACCCGGUGCCGCUCCCGCUGCUCGACGCGGCCGUCGAGUCCUCGUCGACGUCCUGCGGCUUGCAGGAAACGGCCACCUCGUCAUCCUCUGCCAGCUGGGGGCACGGCAGGCCGUCGCACCGGAAAAAGAGCGCCAGCGCGUGCGGCCCAGCGGAGAUUGUCGAGUACAUUGUGUACAAGGGCGAGGAGCGCGCCGCGGACGCCGCGACGCAGACUGAGGACAGCGGCCGCGGCCGCAGGCACCAAAGGAGCGCCCAGGCCGCGGUUGUGCAUGACGAGCUCAGCAGGGCGGAGACGUCGCCGCCGACGGCGUCCACCAGCCCCGAGACGCUCGAGGCGCUGAUCAAGGCGGACGGCCGCGUCGUGGCGGCCGUCAGCGGCAGCGGCAGGGCCAGGGCGUCCUCCGUGCUCAUGCAGCUGGUUUCGUGCGGGUCCGUGUCUGUGAAGGGCGCGCACGCCUCUCCGGUGAUGCCGCGAGCGCAUCACCGAGCGCGGCCACCCCGCCCGACAGCGUCCUCGGCCGUCGCGGCCGCGGAGGUACCUGCCUACCGCGCGAAGAUCGUAGAGGACAAGGAGUACUUCAGCGGGAGCAUCGUGGAGAUGCCAAGGCGCUCGCCGGCCGACGACGCGUCCCAGGACCUGGCCGUUCUCCGGCGGUCUUCGUCGUACAACGCCGACAGGGUGAUAAAGCUGGAGUUGGCAAAGGAGGCCGGGGACCUGCAUGACAGGUGCAUCCCUCGCAAGCCCAAGAGCAAGAAAGACGGCUACAUGUUUAUCUCCGGCAAGGGAAUAAUAAAGGCUGACAACAAUUUCGUUGGCAGAUGAGCGUCACCCUGAACUCUUGUCAUGUGGAAGAUGCGGCAAGCUGACGAGUGGCGCCUACGUUAUGUAUCUUCUUUGUGUAGGGAACAGUGAAUAAGUCCGGUUUCAUGUCGUCAGCUUGUGAGAUGCUGCCUGUUUGUUUGAUGUGAGCCCUGUUAAUCUGUGUUAUGUCUCGUUGUCUGAACGUUUAAUGGUAUUUUGGUAA